AUGGCACUCCUGCGCCAAUUUAUUGCCUUCGGGACAGAUAAUGGUCUCCAAACAAAUGCUGACGCCUGCCAAGCCGGAAUCGAGCGAUCAUUACGCUUUGUCCAGGCUUUAGCCUCUCUCUUCGCCACAUAUCGCUUCUCUGCAGCAGCCGCAUUGCUGCCUCUAACGUCAACCAAGUUCCCACCGUCAACGUCAUUUCUGAAACUGCGGGCCAAGAUCAACGUAACCAGGCGUCUCCUGCGACUUUUUCGCUUCCUUGAGCAAUUUCAACUGGGAUGGGACUUGUACUCGUCCCGGGUAUUGGACUUCGACACAUUACUCGAUGUGCUCGGCAAAACAUGCCUGGGGCUGUAUGGCAUGCUCGAAUCCGUGACCCUGCUCGACCUGCUAGAAGUUGACCAUCUGGAGAUAUUCGGUGCAGAGCAGACUAAUAAUCUGAAUUAUCAAGCUCAGGUCUUUUGGCUCAUCGCUUUAUGCAUCUCGCUGUUCCGCUCUAGUAUCGCACUGCUGCGCUGUCUUGGCAAACAGCCGACCCCGCAUGCAUCAUCCAACCACAGCUCCAAAGAGAACAUCUCAAGUGAGAAGAGUGAACGUCAGAAGGGAGAUGGGUCAUUGAGCGAGAAUGGCGACGGAUCUGGGAAUCAAAUGGCGGCGCAGAGCGGAGCGGCAGAAUCCAAGGAGACUGUCACUUCGCUGAUACUGAAGCUUGUAGCAACCACCAUGGAUAUUCUCCUUCCAGCCACUGCUGUUGGCUUGAUUGAAACUCAUCCUGCAGUGAUCCCGCUGGCCAUGAUUAUUAGCACGGCAAUCACGGCCAAUGAUGUAUGGGUUAGGUGCGGCAAAGAGAUGCAAAGUCGCUAA